AUGGACACCCGUAUUGCCAGCAUCAUCGGGGACACAGCAUUAUCUGGCAGUAUUUCUGGUGGAGAUACGGACAUUCUCCCAACCGCUGUACCAUUGACCAGCCACACUGCAGCCAGUCCCGCCUGCCCUCAGGAGCAGGAGCAGGUGGCGGUGGAGGAGCCGGAGGAGCUGGAGGAACAGGAGCAGCCUGGGCCAUCCCAUUCAGUGCGUCCUAGGGGGUCAAGAGUGCUGACGGAGGCAAUCAGCACGCUCUUUGAAAACCCGUUCCCUGCGGAGUGCACGGUUCUCCAAAUCCUCCAAAAGUGCAAGAUCUGUGCCUACACACGGUUGAUAAAUGAGGCCCCUGGUGAGGGUCUGUCCUGGACAUCCAGCCCUCCCCCUCAGCUCCACCCCCUUUCUCUACUCACCUGUCUGAUGAGGCCUGACGUCAGUGAGAGACCAGAGGACUCAGCUGAGGAGCGUUACAACCUGAAGGAGACUCCUCCUGUCCCCAGUGUGGAGAAAGAUCCAGGAGAGGACAUGGACUGGAGACGGCCGAUCAGACCAGUGCUGAACAAAAGUUGUAACUUGGCAGCCAAGAUGUACGACGAAGCUGUUCUCUCAGUGAGAGGUGGUCUUCAGGAGGUUUUAGAUGAACACAAGAUCAGUCUGAGGAGGAGAUGUGAACGUGUGACUGAAGGAACUGAUGAGGCAGGAAGUAGAACUCUCCUCAACAGGAUCUACACUGAGCUCUACAUCACAGAGGGACAGAGUGAAGAGGUCAACAGCCAACAUGAGGUCAGACAGCUUGAGACAGCUUCCAAGAAGAUCAUCCAUGAAACACCAAUCAAGUACCAUGAGAUCUUUAAAGCCCUCCCUGACCAACAGAAACCCAUCAGAGUGGUUCUGACUAACGGUGUCGCUGGUGUUGGGAAAACCUUCACGGUGCAGAAGUUCACUCUGGACUGGGCAGAGGGCUUGGAAAACCAGGACAUCAGUCUGCUGGUUCUGCUUUCAUUCAGAGAGCUGAACUUGAUCAGAGAUGAGCGCUACAGUCUUCUGGAGCUGCUCCAUGUUUUCCAUCCAACAUUACAGAAGGUCAGAGCAGAGACGCUGGCUGUCUGUAAACUUUUGUUCAUCUUUGACGGCCUGGAUGAAAGCAGACUGUUGUUGGAUUUCAGCAUCAGUGAGGUUGUUUCUGAUGUCACACAGAAGUCAUCAGUUAAUGUGCUGUUAAUAAACCUCAUCAAGGGGAAUCUGCUUCCCUCAGCUCUCAUCUGGAUAACGUCUCGACCUGCAGCAGCCAAUCAGAUCCCUCCUUCAUGUGUGGACAGGCUGACAGAAGUCCGAGGCUUCACUGACGCCCAGAAGGAGGAGUACUUCAGGAGGAGGUUCAGUGAUGAAGAUCUGUCCAGCACAAUCAUCUCCCACAUCAAGACAUCCAGGAGCCUCCACAUCAUGUGUCUGAUCCCAGUCUUCUGCUGGAUCACUGCUACAGUUCUGGAGAACAUGAUGAGCACGGAGCAGAGAGGAGAGCUGCCCAAGACCCUGACUGACAUGUACUCACACUUCCUGUUGGUUCAGACAAAGAGGAAGAGGCAGAAGUAUGAUGGGGGACAUGAGACCAGUCCACAGGAGCUGAUGGAGGCUGAAAGAGAAGUUCUUCUGAAGCUGGGGAGGCUGGCGUUUGAACAUCUGGAGGACGGAAACAUCAUGUUCUAUGAGGAAGACCUGGAGUGCUGUGGUCUGGAUGUCACAGAGGCCUCAGUGUUCUCAGGAGUUUGCACAGAGAUCUUCAAAAGAGAGAGUGUGAUCUUCCAGAAAACAGUUUACUGCUUUGUUCAUCUGAGUGUUCAGGAGUUUCUGGCUGCAGUCUACAUGCUCCACUGUUUCACCAACAGGAACACAACAGUACUGGAAGAUUCCCUGGAGACAGGAAACAGUGAAGAUGAUGUGGACUGGAGCUCUGAUGAUGACUCUUAUGAUGAAACAGAUGACAAUCAUAUCUACAGGACUACUACUGAAAGUGAUGACAUUGACUCUCGUUUGGUAGAUUUCCUGCGUAGAGCCAUGGAAAAAUCUCUUCAAAGUAAAAAUGGCCACCUGGACCUGUUUGUUCGUUUCCUUCAUGGACUGUGUCUGGAGUCAAACCAGAGACUGUUAGGAGGUCUGCUGGGUCAGAUAGACAACAGUCCAGCAACAAUCCAACGAAUCAUCAACAACCUGAAGCAGAUGAACAGUUUUAAUAACUCUCCUGACAGAAGCAUCAACAUCUUCCACUGUCUGAUGGAGAUGAAUGAUCUCUCAGUAUAUCAAGAGAUCCAAGAGUUCCUGAAGUCAGGGAACAGAUCAGAGCAGAGACUCUCUGAUAUCCAGUGCUCUGCUCUGGCCUACAUGCUGCAGAUGUCAGAGGAGGUUCUGGAUGAGUUGGACCUGAAGAAGUACAGAACAACAGAGGAGGGAAUGCGGAGGCUGAUUCCAGCUGUGAGGAACUGCAGGAAGGCUAGAUUUGCUCUCAUCGAUCUCACAGAGGCUGACUGUGAAAUCAUAGCCUCAGCUCUGAAGGCCAACCCCUCACAUCUGAGAGAGCUGGAGCUGAAGAACAUCAGCACUGAUUCAGGAAUGAAGCUCCUUUGUUCUGGCCUGGAGAGUCCAAACUGUCGACUGGAGAUUCUGAGAUUGUGGAGGUGCAGAUUGUCAGAGAUCAGCUGUUCUUCUCUGGCCUCAGCUCUGAAGACUCACCCCUCACAUCUGAGAGAGCUGAGCCUGAGCUACAACCAGCUCCAGGAUUCAGGAGUGAAGUUUCUGUGUGAUUACUUGCAGAGUCCAAACUGCAAACUGGAGAUUCUGAGAUUGAGUGAAUGCAGUUUGUCAGAGAUCAGCUGUUCUUCUCUGGCCUCAGCUCUGAAGACUCACCCCUCACAUCUGAGAGAGCUGGACCUGAGUGAGAACACGCUCCAGGAUUCAGGAGUGAAGAUUCUGUGUGAUUACCUGCAGAGUCCAAACUGCAAACUGGAGACUUUGGGAUUGUGGAGUUGCAGAUUGUCAGAGAUCAGCUGUUCUUCUCUGGCCUCAGCUCUGAAGUCUGUCCCCUCACAUCUGAGAGAGCUGGACCUGAGUGAGAACACGCUCCAGGAUUCAGGAGUGAAGAUUCUGUGUGAUUACCUGCAGAGUCCAAACUGCAAACUGGAGACUCUGAGAUUGAGUGAAUGCAGUUUGUCAGAGAUCAGCUGUUCUUCUUUGGCCUCAGCUCUGAAGACCAACCCCUCACAUCUGAGAGAGCUGGACCUGAGCUACAACCACCUCCAGGGUUCAGGAGUGAAGCUCCUGAGUGACCUUUUAGAGAGUCUAUACUACAGACUUGAGUGUCUGAGCUUUGGGGAUGAUGACGUUAAUGUGAUCAGAGCUGAUGAUAAGAAAAAAUCUCUGAAGGCCCAACAUUUCUCACUAUCAGGAGACUUCAAGGUCAAAAAGGAUGAGAAGGAAAACCUUCAUCUGCUUGAUGAUAAAACGGCUCCAUCAUCCUUCUCACCUGAAAAGACUGACUCUACAUACAGGUUCAGGUGUCCUGGUCAGGGUGUGUUCCAGUGUGCUUCCACUGGGCUGGUGUUUGCUACGGAAAAGGAGGCGGAGCUUCAGUACAAGACUGUCCGAUGGGAUGAGGCUCUCCUCCAAUCAGCUGGCAAAGUGGCUGCAGGGCCACUGUUUGACAUCCAGUCUCCUGAAGAGGCUGUGUGUCAGCUCUACCUCCCACACUGUGAAUCAAAGGAAGGACUGCUUGUUGAUGGAGGCUUGUCUGUUGUCCACAUCACUGAUGAUGGGAUGAGCUUCUUGGAGCUGUUGGAGAUCACAGACACUCAUGUGGUUGUGAACGUCCCUCACCUAUCCCUCUUUGGCCUGGUCUGGGAUUUUUUUAAAAGGUUUCUGGGAAAUUUCCUGCCAAUAAACGGAGCAGUCCUGCUGUUCCUCCGACCUCUGACUGUAAGCACUAAAGUGCUCUAUGUGUUUCUGGUGCCAGAAAACGUCGACAUGGACAAGGUAAACUUUAAUCAGAGAGGGGCAGAUAAUAUCCAGACCUCUUCUAAAUGUCCUCUCAGCUCUGGUCAGAAUUACAGCGUCCACUGUGAACCUGAGGACUUAGAAGUACAGCCACAGCAUGAACAAUUCAGCAUGAAUUAUGGACCAAAUUUUUUCCCAACAUUUGAAGUUUUCCUCACAACAAACCAGGAGAAAGUGACUCUGACAAUCCAGGACCAAGACGGGGGAGAAGUCUGGAAACGUAAUGUGUUUGUUACAGGUGCAAGACGGGAAGCUCUGCCAGAUGUUGUUCAAGCAGAGGACAGGCUCCCUAUAGGGGACAGGGUUCCAGCGGAGGACAGGCUCCCUAUAGGGGACAGGGUUCCAGCAGAGGACAGGCUCCCUAUAGGGGACAGGGUUCCAGCGGAGGACAGGGUCUCUGCAGAUGCGAGGCUUCUUUCAGUUAGGGCAGAGUUCAUCAGAAGAGUGACAGAUCCUGGUCUGAACCAGCUCAUAGACAGACUCCUGCAGCACGGUGUUAUAACUGAUGAAGAGAUGCAGUCCUUCCACACCAAAGCCAGAGCAGACAAAGCUCGGGAUGUGAUUGAUUCAGUGCGAGGAAAGGGAGCUGAAGCCAGCUCAGUCCUGAUCGCCUCUCUUUCUGAGGUGGAUCCAUGGCUUUACAGAGCGCUGAACUUAACAUGAAAACAAACAGAGAUCUGAGGGGUGUGAUGAUGUUAAAAGCUGGCUGCUUUACAAUUAACCCUUUCAAUGUUGGAACCUUGAAAUGAGAUGGAUAAUAUGAGGAUGAAAUACUUCCUCCAUUGCAGAGAGCUGAAUUAUUUGGCCAAGGGGCAACAUAAAGAUAAAGAUUUCACUUGGGCCUAAAACUGAACUUUGUGGUAAACCACAGGUAAUAGUAGAGGUAGAGGAGUGAUGACCUAUGGUGACCACAAAGGUUCACUCUAAAGAUGAGAAUAAAACCAGAUAAAUGUAGUGUCCCUGAUGCCCACCCAGUUUCUAAGAGGUUCAACAAAACCAGUAGGAACAACGGUAUCAAAGGCUGCACUGAGAUCUCAAAGAAU